UCAAUCACUAACAUUUAAAUAAUAGACAAUGAAUCACCAACAGCUUGAAUCAUGGGUGUACCCAUAGUAAAACAAGGUUGGGCAAGCAUUUUAUCAUUUCAUCAUUUCAUCUAAGUAACAAAAAUAAAAAUAAAUUUUAUAACUUUUAAAAUUGAUAGAUACAUUUGCUUAAUUAUACAUGUGUUUGCGUGAAUGUGUAACAUAAAAAAGUAUGUGGAACCUGGCUUGAAAAAAAUCUGAUUGCCCCAUCCUUGCUUAGACCCUGGGUCCGCCCAUGGUUUGAGUGCAAAAGCUUUAACGUGGCUUUAAGCCGCGUUUUCACUAAGGGACAUUUGUCCCGCGACUCUGUCGCUCGACAUCAAUUCUACGUGUCGGGCGACGUCGCGCGCGAUAUCGCCCGACAUCGCAGGGGACAUUUACGUGUCGCCGGACAGGUCGCAUGUCGACGCUCGCUGAGCGUCGACAUGCGCGACUCCCGUGUCCCGCGACAGUCGCCGGACAGGCUUUGAGUAGUGAGAACGUGUGUCGCUUUGUGUUCUAAAAAUGGCAGUAGUGUGGUCCAGUGAGCAAAUAUUGACCCUUAUCGAGUUGUAUCAAAAUUCGCAAAUAUUGUGGGACACUUCACAUAGUGAUUAUAAAAACAAAAUAAAAAAAAAUGAUGCAUGGGAAUCUAUCGCGACUACAUUAAAUAAACCUAGAAAAGACGUCGAGGGAAAAAUACACAACAUAAGGUCUCAGUUUCUCAGGGAGAGAAAAAAAAUAGCGAGCUCAAAAUCUACAGGAAGUGCAAGUGGGGAUGUUCACAAAAGUAACUGGUUUGCGUAUGAUUCGCUGCUUUUCCUAGUAAAAGGGGCGACAAGUUCGGGCAGUAUGGACUCUAUGAAUGCGCAGACAUCUGAAAGUUCGGUGGCACACGAAGAAAUACCAGCGGCAUCGCAAGUAUUAACGCAACCACCAGAAGCACCAACGUCGCCGCCACCAUUACCAACGCAACCAAUGCCGCUUACAAAUACUCAAAAUAAAAGGAAAAAAGAUGAUCUGAGUGAGGUAUAUGAAAUAAUGAAGAGUGCAAAAGCCAGGAUGGAUCAACCAAAAGAUGAAUAUCAAAUUUACGCCGACUAUAUAGCUUCAGAGUUAAGAAAUAUAAAGAAUGAACAUGCUGUGCUACAGACGAAGUACUUUAUUAAUAAUAUCUUAUUAGAGGCUAGGAUGGGAAAAUAUAACUAUACAGAAAACGCAAUGGGAUCUAAUUCAAGCGAUACUCAAAGUUAUCAAAGUUAUGGAUACCGUUCUGCUUCUCAACAGUCAUCCUAUUCAACAAAUUCUGUUAAUAAUAAUAUCGUCACUGCUAAUGCCUCUCAUGUUAAUAAUGAUAAUGGAGCAUCUGCAGAACCAACUCACAUAGAAUUUCGACAAUUUGAGAAUAUUCAGGAACUAGUUUCCCACUUUGAAUCAGAAACGCAAAACAAAGAAUAAUUAUA